AUGGAAACAGAGGACUCUAAACAGCACUACUUUCGUUGGAGGGACAGGGAGAUGCAGGUCAGACUGGUAUACACAUGGAUCAUUCUUGAUCUUGAGCUUAGUCUGUUCCACGACGUGAAAACAGUGCUGUCCCUUACUGAUUUCAAACUACCCGUUCCAAUUAGUGAAGAGCUGUUCUUGUCCAAAGAGCUGGCCGUUGGGGAAUUCAGUCUCGAGCAACCACCUGAUAUCGACAUCGCCAAUGAUGCGAAUCGGCCAAGUCUUCAGACCAUGUUACAAUGGCUCUUCAAGCAAGGAUUUGAUAGCACGAGGCGGAAGCACCUGAACCCAACCACGCUGCAUGUACUUUUACAUGCCAUACUGUCAAUGAUUCGCAAUUAUCGUCAACUUUUUGGAUACAUGGGUCAAGAUGCGAGAAUCAGAUUGUCCGUGUUCUCCCCAUUUUCCAAGGCAUCAACUAAGACAAGGAUGGAUGAGAUGCGGGGACUCCUACAAUACUGGUUAGGGCUUUUCAAUGCACUAUGGCCAUCAUCCACUCGGCUUGGCGAUGGGGAUCCGUGUCUACCAUCCCCUCAGCUCUAUGGCGUUCUCAUCACCUACCAUUUCAUAUGUCUGGAAACUGUCAUCGAUAUGCCUGCCAUUGAGAAUUUGGCACGGCAAAGACGGCCCGAUUCCACAAUUGCUCAGAUGGACACGGCGUUGAAAGAUCAAUAUAUCCAAGAUUUGGUGCCUGUUCUGUUCCAUUCUGGCCAAAUAUUAUAUCUGCUGAGAGUCUUGGAGCAAACGUCUUUGCCGCCCUGGUGGCCGGCUGCUAUAUACCGCGUAACUAUGGUCCUAUGGGCUACGAGUGUUCUUUUUGGCUCGGCAUGGAAACAGCCUUCGGGCGUGGAGCUGCUUUCUCCCAUCAUCAUCGAUGCUUCUCUCCAUGAUGAUGAUAGUAACCUGUCUCCCCUGUGGCAAGAAAACUCUGAGAGCUAUUCCGUGGGCGGCGAAGGCGCGGGUCUGAAUAUGCCGCAGUCACAUACCCCAGCUUUGAGCGUUAGAGGCGACUUGAGUAAUGCCACGCUUCUGUCUGAUCCGCAACGCGUACUUGAAACUUGUCUUCUUGCAUUUGAGAAAGGUCGGAGCAUUAGGUUUGCGGAUGGGAUUUACAGAAAGUUGAAGCAGUUUAUGGCUAGCAGAACAACAGAAUGA